CUCGGCGGCGCGGGGUCAGGCUUCUAAGUGGCACUGGAGCUCUGGGCGCCCUGAAGUCUGGAGAAGGAAGGAAGAGGAGGGAGGCGCUCCGCGCUCUCGUCCGCGCGGCCCAGCCGCCUCCCCGCUGCCCCGCAGGCGAGCUGUCCUCAAUUGCGCGCCUGCCUCGGGGACUUCUGUGCCGACGCGACAGCCGAGAGGAGCCUGCUCUGCGACCCCCGAAGGCCGACCCGUAAGGACCUGGGGAGUCCACUUCAUGAGCAGGAGGAGAGCCCGUGUCCACGAAAGCUGAGCGCGAGUUCACCCCCGGAGCUCCGGAGGCAGGACCGACGCGGGCCCCGCUCGGCUGGGCUGGGCUGCGAGGGAGGGAAAAGGGAGCCCCUGACUUCCAGAAAGCCGGCUCCCCGCUUUUGCGGCAGCAUUCGGGGACCCCGCCCACUCGCUCCAGCCGGGUGCCGCCUCGCUUCCAGGUGUUCCGGCGGCAGCGCCAGGUAGCGGGAGGCCGGCCCGCACCGCCCCCUGGACCCUCCCCCGCCGCAGGCAGGUUCAAUGCCGCCGGAGCCCGCCCCAGGCCCGUAUCCUCCUCCCAGUCCGCUGAAACCCGGAGGCGCCCCAGUGGACGUGCGUUCUCCUCUGGAGCCCCGAGCGGGCGCUGCGCGCUCUUGCAACGACCCAAGACGUUAAGUCUCCAGAGGAGUCUUGAGCCGGGGGUUCGCGACCUGGACAAGUCCCCCGGCCAGACGGCGUCAUGGAGCCCCAGGGGGCGCAGCUGCUAAGUUCGGAGGCGCAGGGGCCUGCACCGUGUGUAGACCCCCCGCCAGCUGAGGAGCUGCCAGCCCCAGCGGUCCCUUGCAUGGAAGGUGGCGGGGACGGCGGCAGCAUGUCGGAGGCCUCGAGCCCCGACGCUGAGCCCCCAGCCCCGGGGGAAGAGGCUGCCCUCCGGGAGCCGGAGGAGCUGCUGGAAUGCCGCCGCCGCCGCCGCGCGCGCUCCUUCUCCCUGCCCGCCGACCCGAUCCUGCAGGCGGCGAAGUUUCUGCAGCAGCGGCAGCAGCUUGCCCUGGGGCUCGGCGCGGAGGGCGGCGAGAGGCCCGAGGGCGUGUCGCACGGCCCCGGCGGCUGCUGCGCCAAGUGCAAGAAGCGGGUGCAGUUCGCGGACGCGCUGGGGCUGAGCCUGGCCAGCGUGAAGCACUUCAGCGAGGCCGAGGAGCCGCAGGUGCCGCCCGCCGUGCUGUCCCGUCUCCGCAGCUUCCCCAUGCGCUCCGAGGACCUGGAGCAGCUCCCCGGCCUGCUGGCCGCGGCCGCGCCCCUCUCCGCGCCGCCUCCCCGGCUGCGGCCCCUCUUCCAGCUUCCCGGGCCGGGCGCCGCGGCCGAGCGCCUGCGGCGGCAGCGCGUGUGCUUGGAGCGCGUGCACUGCCCGGCGCUCCCGGGCGCGGAGGUGACGGGCUCCGGCCGGGUGCUGGGCUGCCCCGGGCCGAGGGCCGUGGCGGUGCGCUACACCUUCACGGAAUGGCGCUCCUUCCUGGACGUGCCGGCCGAGCUGCAGCCCGAGCCAGCGGAGCCGCUGCCGCCAGAUGGGGCGUCGGGGGGGACCGGGGAUGCCGAGGAGGAGCCAGGAGCCGAGCGCUUCCACUUCUCGCUGUGCCUACCCCCCGGCCUGCAGCCCAAGGAGGGGGAGGACGCGGACGCGCCAGGCGUCGCCGUCCACUUCGCCGUCUGCUACCGCUGCGCCCAAGGCGAGUACUGGGACAACAACGCGGGAGCCAACUACACGCUGCGAUACGUGCGCCCGGCGGACGCGCUCUGAGCGCCAGGCGGCCCUCGGCCGCGCCCACCCCCAGCGCUCAGGACCGCGCGAGGGGCCCCGUCCCAGGGACCCGCCCUGACGCUUUGCUGAGCGGCGUCCACCUGGAGUGAGGGGAGCGUGGAAGGAAAGGAGGGAGCCGCUUCACCGUCACCUUGCAGCCAGACCGUCCCUUCGAGCAAGCGUGGUGACCCGGCCGUUUUCUUGUCGCUUAGGCCUUCCUCGAUGGCCUCUAGAAUUCUCGCCCCGCGUCGCAAUGGGAAGCGGUGCUCAAGACUCCUGAGCAGUAGCUUUCUCCAAGAAAAAAGCUCCGAGACCCUAGCACAGCUGUAAGACCUUGGGAUUUGUUUUUAACCGUAGGCGUCGUGUUCCAGCCUUUGCAGCUCGCUGGAGACCCCUCAGGCCUCAGGGAAAGGACGAAGCGUCGCGCCACACCGUGCAAAGGAGGGCGCAGGGCUGUGGCGCGCGCCAGGGCCUUCGCCCCGCGGCCUGUUUCUGGGCGGUCCUUUUUUCUUAACUGGAACCUGGGAGAUGUUUGCCUUUCUUGACGUUAUUAUGCCUUUGUGUAAAUGUCCUUUAAAAAAGUAAAGGCCACUUGCACACUCUUUUAUCCUGUGCCUUGUAUUUCAGCUCCUGGGAGCUGAGGAGGCCUUGGCAGUCAGGCCAUUUUCCUCAGCUGAUGACCCGCGCACUUUAACAAUAGUUAAACAGCGUGUUUCCAAAUUUCCUUUCUUCCAUCCUUCCUCUCUGAUGUGGAAAGGCCCAGAUUUCCCAUACUGGGCAAAAGUGUUCUUUAAAAUGUUUUGUAGGAGGCGUUCUGUCCCCCCCCCCCCCCCCCCCCAAAUCAGAUGCUUGGUGAAUUGAAAUGCCAGAGUAAUCCGGUAGGCCUUGGCUGUGAGCCUGAAGAGCUGGUCCCUGGCCCCCAGCCCCCUUUGUGUAGGCGGAGCACACACUAGAGGCCGGACUUCUGUGGGCCAUUAGCAGUCAGAGAGGCUGGACUCUCAGUGGCUGGACUCCAAGCGCAGGACAUGGGGGAUGGAAAGGUGGCUUUCUGUCCCACUCGGAGCCACAGGAGUAGUGGUGAGUUGACACGUGAAGCGUGCCCAGCAAGCAAAUGCUGCUCAGAACCGGAUGGGCGCCCUGCGCGUGGCGGGACUGCGGGCAAAGGGUCUGGUCGGCUUUCUUCACUCACUGCUGAUGGCUCUGGAGACCAAGAUGGGGUGGCCAUGCGUGAGCAUCUUGGAUGAGGACUUGAUUUCUUCACACCUCGGUCAUCCCUUGGAUAUCUGUCAGAGUAAAAGGGAGAAAAACAAGUUUUUUCACUCCAUAAAUAGCCCAUAUUGGGAGGUAUGCUGCCACCAUCACCACCACCGAUGACUUAAGCACAGCCCCACAGGAAAAGGACCAGUUCUGUCUUACCCUGGCACCUUGCACUCUGCAUCUGUUGUGUGACUUCUAUGAGGUUUGGAGGAAGGAGAGCUGAGCAUUGUGAGAGAAAGCCCCAAGACCAAGGAUAACUUGAAGUAGCUUUGAGAGAGAGAUUUUAAGGAAUGGCUAGCAAGGGUGCUCUGGAGGGACAUAUUCAGGGACCAUGGACAAACACGACCACUGUCCUGGGUCACAGACAAGGGAAGUGUCCAACAACUGGGCAGACUGAAGGAGCUUAAGUUUUAGGGGAUUCAGUAACAGUUAUGAAGCAGAAUUUUAGGAGGACUAAUUUGGUUGUGAUACACAGUGGGGGUUGAAGGGAGAAGAGAUGAUAUGAUUCCCAACUGGCAUCUUUGAACGCCAAAGGAUUUGAGAAAGCGUCAAGGUGAAGGCCAACAUCACAUUCUCUACACUUGAAAGCAAGAGUUUCCAUUUUGUUUCUCCGGAAAGUCUACUGGAAAUAAUAUAUUG